AUGGCUCGCCUCCCUGCUGGCAUUCGCUUCAUCAUCUCAUUCUCCCGGGACCAGUGGUAUCGAACCUUCAUUUUCAUUUUGACAUUUUUGCUGUAUGCGAGUUUCCACUUAUCUCGGAAGCCUAUCAGCAUAGUUAAGAGUGAGCUCCACAAGUACUGCGCUACUGGGAACGAGGCUGACGUCAGAUUCAACAGCCAGAGCCAGAAAGCCAACGCCCGCCCCGCGCACCAGCUCCCGGACAAUGAGACGGACUGCGGCUGGGCCCCGUUCGAUCGGGACAACUACCAGCAGCUGCUCGGGGCCCUGGACUACUCCUUCCUGUGCGCGUACGCCAUCGGCAUGUACCUGAGCGGCAUAAUAGGGGAGCGCCUGCCAAUUCGGUAUUACCUAACCUUCGGAAUGCUGGCCAGCGGCAUUUUUACUGCCCUGUUUGGCUUAGGGUAUUUCUACAAUAUCCACAGUUUUGGAUUCUACGUGGUAACUCAGAUCAUCAACGGGCUGGUGCAGACCACCGGCUGGCCCAGCGUCGUCACCUGCCUCAGCAACUGGUUUGGAAAAGGAAGGCGAGGUUUGAUCAUGGGGGUCUGGAACUCCCACACCUCCGUGGGCAACAUCCUGGGGUCCUUGAUUGCUGGCUACUGGGUGUCCACGUGCUGGGGCCUGUCCUUCAUCGUGCCCGGGGCCAUCGUGGCGGCCAUGGGGGUCGUGUGCUUCCUCUUCCUCAUCGAGCAUCCGAAGGACAUCGCCUGCUCGUCCACCCUGGUGGCGCACGCAAAGAGCUACGAGAAUGGCGUGCACAGGUUUCGCCUGCAGAAGCAAGCCCUGCCUGACGAGAAGAAGCUGCUGGACCCAGAGGUGCAGUGCCUGCUGCUGUCGGAUGGGAAGCGUGCUGUCCAUCAGAACCACGUGGUCACCCUCCCGGCUGAGGGCGGGGGCAGCAUGGCUGCCAUCAGCUUCACCGGGGCCUUGAAAAUCCCUGGUGUGGUCGAGUUCUCCCUGUGCCUGCUCUUUGCGAAGCUGGUCAGCUACACGUUCCUCUUCUGGCUCCCUCUCUACAUCACAAACGUCGAUCACCUGGACGCCAAGAAGGCGGGCGAGCUGUCCACCCUGUUUGACGUGGGCGGGAUCUUCGGUGGCAUCCUGGCAGGAGUCAUCUCGGACCGGCUGGAGAAGCGGGCCUCCACCUGCGGACUGAUGCUGCUGCUCGCGGCCCCGACGCUCUACAUCUUCUCCACCAUCAGCAGGAUGGGGCUGGAAGCCACCGUCGCCAUGCUGCUGCUCUGCGGGGCCCUGGUCAGCGGGCCGUACGCGCUCAUCACCACCGCCGUCUCCGCAGACCUGGGGACUCACAAAAGUCUGAAAGGAAACUCCCACGCCCUCGCCACUGUGACCGCCAUCAUCGACGGCACCGGGUCUGUAGGAGCGGCCCUGGGCCCUCUGCUGGCCGGGCUCAUCUCCCCGUCAGGAUGGAACAACGUGUUCUACAUGCUGAUGUUUGCCGACGCCUGUGCCUUACUGUUCCUGAUCCGCCUCAUACACAAGGAGCUGAGCUGCCCAGGGUCAGCGACAGGGCAUCAAGUUCCGUUUAAGGAACACUGA